AUGUUUAAACGAAUUCAGCAUUUUCUCGUCAACCAUGUUGAUAUUCACUUUCAGUAUUUCAAGCCCGAGCUCCUCAAGAGUGGAAACUACCUUCACAACACGGCCCGGAGCCCGGCCCGAAACCGUCUUGAGCAGCAGGUUCGGGCCGCAGAAUUUCACCUCAACCUCAGCCACAGCAGAUUUCGAGCUGGCCACGAGCUCAUUAACACUGUCAUUAAUAGAAGAAGUCGAGGAAUUGCAAGGCGAAAGCUCGACCGGGCUCGAGAAGCCCGUGGGCUGCAGAUUGUGCAGCCGGGCCUUAUACGGGCUGCUUGGCUGAGGGGUCCUCGGGCUCAAUGGGGGCUUCCUCGGGCUUAUGACGGGCCUCGGGCUCAAGACGUCUACAUAGGCUUUCCUUUGCUUUUUGGCCUCGAGAGAUUGGUGAACUUGUUGCAACUCGUUUAUGUAGUCGAUUACACCGCCGAUAAUCGACGCUUGGUCGCCCUUGGAAAAACCAAGAGUGUUACGACAUUUUAG